CCAGGUGUCCGCUCAGAACGCCUACCCCCCUUACAUGAUGCCUCCCGUGCCGCCGCCACCGCUGCCCCACCCAACCAUGCCUCCCCCCGUCGCCUCUCAGUCUAUGAGCUACCACCCUCCGUACUCCAUGAACUACCCCCAUCCUCCCCACCCUCCCUUCCCCCCUCCCACCUUCAGCCCUGGUUACACUCAGAGCCCCAGCUCAUUCAAACCAGACCACAGCUUCAGGCACGCGGGGCAGUACAAGUAUGAGAAGCCCAUGGACAGCAGGAGGUCUCCGGACAGGGGGUACCGCCACGAUGAGCACAGGCAGAAGGGCUAUGGCUACGGUGGCCACGGCGAUAAGCACAAGAUGGAAUUUCCUGGCGAGAGGAAGGACCGCGGGAGGAGUCCGGACAGGCGCGGCAGGCCAGAGGGUGGACGCUACAGGUCUGAGUACGACAGAGGCAGGACGCCCCCCAGACACCGGAGCAGGGAUCGCAGCAGGGAGAGGUAUCGACACAGAGAAAGUCGGAGAUCCCAGUCGCCCGACAGGCACAGAAAGAGGCCUCGAAGUCGGUCCUCGAGCAGAGACAGGAAACGCGGUCGCUGGGAGGAGGAGAGGGACAGAAGGUCGGAGAGCUCCUCCGGCCUGAGCAGAGAGCGCAGCUACUCCUCCAUCAGGAGCAGAGAGUCUGAGGAGGCCUUGGCUGACAGAGACCGUGAGCGAGAGAGGGAGCGGGAGAGGGAGCGGGAGCGGGAGCGGGAGAAGGAGAAGGAGAAAGGGGACGAUGAGAAAGAGGAAGAAGAGCUGCUGAAACCUGCCUGGAUCCGCUGCACGCAUGCUGAGAACUACUACUCCAAUGACCCCAUGGACCAAGUGGGAGACUCUACUGUGGUGGGGACCAGUAAGCUGCGGGACCUGUACGAGCGCUUUGAGGAAGAGCUGGGGAGGAGACAGGAGAGAGCUAAGGCCGCUCGACCGAAAUGGGACCCGCCAAAGACCAAACUGGACGAGGACCCAGACGACAGCAGUAGUGAGUCAGACUGUGAGUCAGAUGGUGAAGGAAGCACCUGCUCCAGCAGCUCUGACUCAGAGGUUUUUGAUGUCAUUGCUGAGAUCAAGAGAAAGAAAGCUCACCCCGACCGCCUGCAUGAGGAGCUGUGGUACAACGACCCAGGGCAGAUGAAUGAUGGUCCCUUGUGUAAGUGCAGUGCCAAGGCCAGACGUACAGGGAUCCGCCACAGCAUCUACCCGGGGGAGGAAUCUGUGAAACAGUGUCGUCCAAUGAACAACAAUGCUGGAAAACAGUUCCACUACAGGAUCACUGUGUCUCCUCCCACCAACUUCCUGACUGACAGGCCGACGGUGAUUGAGUACGAUGACCAUGAGUACCUGUUUGAAGGCUUCUCCCUUUUCUCCCACACACCACUCACUAACAUCCCAUUGUGCCGUGUGAUCCGCUUCAACAUAGAUUACACCAUUCACUUCAUAGAGGAGAUGACACCGGAGAAUUACUGUGUCCGAGGCCUGGAGCUGUUCGCCGCCUACUUGUUCAAGGACAUCCUUGAGCUGUAUGACUGGAACUUGACAGGUCCUGAGUUUGACAAUGAUUCCCCUGGAUGCCAGCAGUUCCAUUUCAUGCCCCGUUUUGUCCGAUUCUUACCUGAUGGCGGAAAAGAGGUGCUGUCCAUGCAUCAGGUGUUGCUCUACCUGCUGCGCAGCAGCAAGCCCUUGGUCCCCGAGGAGGAGAUUGCAGACAUGCUGCAGUGGGAGGAGCUGGAGUGGCAGAAAUACGCGGAGGAGUGCAAGGGCAUGAUCGUCACCAACCCAGGCAUGAAACCGAGCUCGGUGCGUAUCGACCAACUGGACAGGGAGCAGUUCAACCCAGACGUCAUCACCUUUCCCAUCAUCGUUCAUUUUGGGAUCCGGCCUGCUCAGCUCAGCUACGCCGGCGACCCUCAGUACCAGAAGCUGUGGAAGAGCUAUGUGAAACUACGCCACCUGCUGGCCAACAGCCCCAAGGUCAAGCAGAUUGACAAGCAGAAGCUGACGCAGAGAGAGGAAGCUCUUCAGAAGAUCCGUCAGAAGAACACUAUGCGCCGUGAGGUGACAGUGGAGCUCAGCAGUCAGGGCUUCUGGAAGACUGGCAUCCGCUCCGACGUCUGUCAGCACGCCAUGAUGCUCCCCGUUCUCACCCAUCACAUCCGAUACCACCAGUGUCUGAUGCACCUGGAUAAGCUCAUUGGCUACGUCUUCAAGGAGCGCUGCCUCCUUCAGCUUGCCAUGACUCACCCCAGUCACCACCUCAACUUCGGCAUGAAUCCCGAUCACGCCCGCAACUCCCUUUCCAACUGCGGCAUCCGCCAGCCUAAGUACGGGGACAGGAAGGUCCACCACAUGUACAUGAGGAAGAAGGGAAUCAACACAUUGAUUAACAUCAUGUCUCGUCUGGGGCAAGAUGACCCCUCCCCCUCAAGGAUCAAUCACAACGAGAGACUGGAGUUCCUGGGCGAUGCUGUUGUCGAGUUCCUCACCAGUGUCCACUUGUACUACCUUUUUCCCAGUUUAGAGGAGGGCGGCCUGGCCACCUACAGAACAGCCAUCGUACAGAACCAGCACCUAGCAAUGCUAGCCAAGAAACUGGAGUUGGAUCGCUUCAUGCUCUACGCUCACGGACCAGAUCUGUGCCGGGAGUCGGACCUGCGACACGCCAUGGCCAACUGCUUUGAGGCUCUUAUUGGUGCUGUGUAUUUGGAAGGAGGCUUGGACGAGGCCCGGCAGCUCUUUGGCAGACUGCUUUUCAACACAGAGAACCUACGGGAUGUCUGGCUCAACUACCCACCACACCCCCUGCAGGUCCAGGAGCCCCAGACCGACAGGCAGCUGAUCGAGACGUCUCCAGUCCUCCAGAAACUGACCAGCUUCGAGGACUCUAUUGGAGUUUUGUUCACGCAUGUGCGUCUUCUGGCCAGAGCCUUCACCUUGAGGACUGUGGGCUUUAACCACCUCACCCUAGGCCACAACCAGAGGAUGGAGUUCCUGGGAGACUCUAUCAUGCAGCUGGUGGCCACAGAGUACCUCUUCAUCCACUUCCCUGACCACCACGAAGGACAUUUAACACUACUCCGCAGUUCGCUUGUGAACAACCGCACGCAGGCCAAAGUGGCGGAGGAGCUGGGCAUGCAGGAUUUCGCCAUCACCAACGACAAAACCAAACGACCAGUCGCACUACGGACCAAGACUCUGGCUGACUUGCUGGAGUCUUUCAUUGCAGCCCUCUACAUUGAUAAAGACCUGGAGUAUGUGCACACCUUCAUGAAUGUCUGCUUUUUCCCACGGCUGAAGGAGUUCAUUCUGAACCAGGACUGGAAUGACCCAAAGUCUCAGCUGCAGCAGUGCUGUUUGACCCUGAGAACGGAGGGCAAGGAACCUGAUAUCCCGCUGUACAAGACCCUGCAGACAGUGGGGCCUUCGCACGCUCGCACCUACACCGUCGCCGUGUAUUUCAAAGGGGAGCGAAUUGGCUGUGGCAAAGGCCCAAGCAUCCAACAGGCGGAAAUGGGAGCUGCGAUGGAUGCGCUUGAAAAAUAUAACUUCCCACAGAUGGCUCAUCAGAAGCGCUUCAUCGAGCGGAAAUACAGACAGGAGCUGAAGGAGAUGAGACGAGAGCGGGAGCGGCAGGAGAAGGAGACCGACGAGGCGGAGGAAUGCAGGAAGUGACAACACCUUUUUUUGGGGGGAGGCCAAUCACGACCAUCGUCCACAUUAAGGAGCUCUGUCUGCAAAUGUGGCAGCCGUCCAGGCAAGACUUGGCUAAAUAGAGAAGCCACUAGUUGAUCCACGGAUCUGUGAUAGUUUAGCAGUGAUGACUGUUGCCUAAGUUCAUUACAUGAACAUCGAUGGGACACAGGUGACGAGAACCCACACAUUUAGGGUGAAAGCAGUUUUUUGUCCACGAUUUUCAAAGUUAAAGUGGGACAGAAGGCAAACAGAAUUAGAAAUGAAGCAAGAUGCUGUCAUGUUUUAUGCUGUUUAGUACUGUAGCACUGUCGAAGGUGGCCUUAUGUUGUCUUAUGUUCAUGUUUGUUGCCUGAUCUUUAAAUAUUAAGUUGAUGACUAACUUUUAAAUCCAGAAACCACUGCAGGAGCUCACGUUAUGACACAUGCCAAAAAAAUAGACAUUAAACAAGUUUUUAAAUGGAGUAUGAAAAGAUAAAUAAACCAUCAAAGUUAAUAUUGUAAAUAAAGUUUCAGAUUCUGUACCAAUCA